CGAGAAGUCCCGAAGUCACGGGGAUAAUGGCUGGAGAUCGCGGAUAUUAGAAGAGAAAGCUACAAUUGAAGUGUUAAAGAGGAGCUGAAGCAGUCACAUUACUGACUCAGUCACUGGAUUUUCACCAGCUGUAGGGAUGGCUAAUAUCUCCAGCCAUGGGAAGCUGCUGCUGCACCGCCUCCAUCAGCAGCGGGAGAUGGACUUCCUGUGUGACAUCACCAUCAUGGUGCGAGACGUAGAGUUCAGAGCCCACCGCAACAUCCUGGCUGCGUUCAGCAAGUAUUUCUCCUCGCAGGCUGAGAAGGGUCAAGACAUCACGACCCUGGACCCCGAUAAGGUCAGCCGCUACGCCCUGGAGAAGCUCCUGGAGUUCAUCUACACUGGACAGAUGAACCUCAGCAGCACGAGACAGGCGGCGGUGCGGCGUGCGGCGGUGUUCCUGGGAAUUUCUGAAGCCACAAAGUACAUGGAGGAGACCCCGCACUGGUCCGAGCCCAGUGAAGCGUCUGAGCUGGAUAAAGACGCUGCUUUCUCUCUGCCCAGCCCCACCUCUCCUGGGAGCCCCAGCUCUCCUGUCCCCCUGUCCAUCGUCUCCACGGCGGGGGAGUCUCAGGAAGAGGGGACGGCUGUCAAAGAGGCUGAGGAUGUAGAUAUGGAAGAGGGAGAAGCCGAUGAAGAGUACUCUCCUACUACGCUGAAGAGUGCUGGGAGAGGACAGGGAAGAAAGAGAGGCAGAAAGCCGAAGAGUUUGAGUGGCGAGCAGGUGGAGGCGUGCAGCUCUACUGACGGGACCCCCAAAGCCUACAGGGGGAGAGGGAGAGGCCGAGGCAGAGGGAGGGGGAGAGGGAGAGGUGGAUUUAAAAGUGAGAUUCUGCCUUUGGAGGAUUCUGACGGUAGUGUGAAAGAUUUUGGGGACAACUCUGAAGACUGGAGCCCCUCGCUGGAUGACGAAACUACAGCAAAGAAGCCUCGACUGAGCGUGGGAGAGGGGAGGAGAGGGAGAGGACGGGGGAGGGGGAGAGGUAGAGGUAGGGGUCGAGGCAGGAGGAAGAUCGUGAAGGAGGAGAUAGAGGACAUGGAGGAUGAAGCAGAGGAGAGCGGCACAGGUGAGACGGAUGAAUUUGACCUGGGGCUGGACAUGUCCCUGGAGGAGGGGGAGGUGGGGGUGCAGGAAGCGGCAGAAAUGAACGAGCUGACGCUGGCAUGCCCCGAGUGCGACAAACUGUUCAAAGACGUGAGCAGCCUGCGCCGACACGAGAAGAUCCACAAAGGCCUGAAGCCCUUCAUCUGCAUCUUCUGCUCCAAAACCUUCAGACAGGCCACGCAGCUGAAGACCCACCUGCGCAUUCACACAGGCGAGAAGCCGUUUAAUUGCCCGGACUGCGACAAGUGUUUUGCUCAGAAGUGUCAACUGGUGGCUCACCGCAGGAUGCACCACGGAGAGGAGAAGCCGUACACCUGCGAGCGCUGCGGCUUCAAGUUCGCCACCUCGUCCAACUACAAGAUACACAUCAGAUUGCACAGCGGGGAGAAACCGUACGUGUGUGACAUCUGCGGUCAGGCGUUCGCUCAGUCCAGCACCCUGACCUAUCAUAAGCGCCGACACACUGGAGAGAAACCGUACCAGUGCGAUCUGUGCGGCAUGUCCUUCUCUGUGUCUUCUUCUCUCAUCGCUCACGCACGAAAACACACGGGUGAGACUCCGUACAAAUGUUCCCAGCCCCAAUGUGAAUCAAGUUUUGUGACGUCUUCCGAACUGAAGAAACACAUGAGGCGACUUCAUCCAGCAGACGGAAACACAGGUGUGCAGUGUCUGCUGUGUGGAAACCGGUUUGCCAGUGUGAAGAAUAUGAUCAAACAUCAGGAGAAAGCUCACGCUGACGAAGUGCGGCAACACAAGGAGAGAGCCAGAGCAGUGGUGCUCCUGGCUUCCAGUCACCCCGUGGCGUUCGUCCAGAGUAAACUCUCUCAGGAGAACAAAAUCAUGGUGUCCAUCCCUGAAGGCGGGGAGCCAGCAAACCCCGAGCCCACCACCCCCACCUCCAAAGCCCCCGCACCGUCAGCAGCCACCGGCCCCGCUGACGACGACGAAGACGCCACCGACGCCCUCCUGCAGGACUUCAAGGCGGAGCCAUCCGACCCCGACAUCACUGCCGCCGACCAGGUAACCUUUGAACCCGACACGGAGCAGACCAUCAACUCGGAAACCCUGCACGCUCUGGUGGAGCAGCUGCGGCCCCAGCCCUCCCCCCCCGCCCAGAGCCUGGAGCAGAUAGUCAUCAUCAGGACGGUGGACAAUGCCGAGCACAACCCCCCGCAGCAGUGAGGUUCCCCCCCCCCCGAAAGAACAUUUUUACUUUUUAACAAUAAAGCCGCUGAUAGGAUUAAAGUCAGCUCUCAUAUAUAUCCCCAUAUAAUGGACUUUGAUGGACAUUGAGUGAUUUACAAGGGAAAGACAAUAUUUGGGUCUUAAUUUCAUAGUCCAUUAUUUGCAUAAGUAAUAAUACUGUACGUACCAUCUUAAUAGCAGAGAUCAAGGUAUCAGUAAGACAUGUUAGACCUAUUGUGUAAAUGUGCAGACAGUUUUCCUGUACAAAGAGAAAUUGUAACCAAUACUUUUUACUUUUAAGCUAGUAUAAUGCUAAUAUUAUUUGUAGAAAUGAUGGUGAGAAACUACAAAAACGAGACCCAAGUUGUAAAAGAAAUAUAUAAUAAUCCUUUAACUAAUUUCCUGUCUCUAUUACUCAUCGUGCCACUUUUUUACAUUCUAAACGAAAACAAUCAGAAUUUCUAAAGAGAGAAACACUUUUCAUUUACUUCCUCUGCAAUCGUUUCUGGCCGAAGACUCAAGGAGACUUUUUUUUUGUGAUAAAAAGUAUUUUAUUUGCCUACACUAAAAGAUUCAAGGAUGUUACAUAAUGCAGAAAAAAGUCCUUGAGUUUAAGUAUCAGAAAACGAAUUGGGUGACAAAAAGUCUUAUGGGUGCAUCCCUAAAAUUCACAAAAAGCAGAAGUUGUUAAAGUUCCCGAUUUCAGUUUCAUAAGGAGGUUUAGAGCAAUCUGAUAAAAUGAUGACCUUUUUUACAAAGUAUAAAUAUCACUACUAAUUUAAAGCCAAUUAACGUAUCAUUUGAAUACCAGCCUACGGUAAACUCCAUUUAUUCCAGUGUUACUGAUUAGUUUCCAACUUUAGCAGCCCAUUCCACUACUUUAUCGAAGAAAUUGAGACUAGCAUCAUGUUCUCGGACAUCGACGUGUGGCUGGAUUUACUUUCUUACUAUCCGAAUGAAGAAACAAAUUUAAAGAAACGUUGGUUAGAUAAAUAUGUCCGCCAGUAUAACUUGCAUUGUUUGAAUAGAUAAUGUAGUUAGUAGGUGCCCUGGUAUCACCAUGAGAUAUGAGUUUUUUUAUUAAUCAUAAAUGUUCCCACCGUAAGUGUUUGACAUGUGAUGAAAUAAAGCAGCUGUUUUAGGUCUUAGCAGAAAAGUUUGUGCAUCAAGUUUGAAAACUGCAUUAUAUUUCCAUGAACGUUUGUUUGAUUUCUUUUUUUUCUUUUGGAUAAAACAUCUGCAUUACUUCUACAGAAAUGUGCAUUACAUACACACGUUCAUUACUGUAUUUAAAAACUGAGCAAGAAAAAUAAAAUCAAAACAAAAAGGGACAAAGUGUG